AUGAUCAAGAAGACCCUGUACGUGCCGGCCAGAGCGUCAAACGAGUACAGUGUACGGGAGCGCACAUGCCGGCACUGCAGGGAUUCCUCUUGCGGCGGAGCUCAGCGACAUCUGCCGAGUGGACGGGGCCUUCAAGCUCCUGUCGUCGACCGAUCCGAGGUCCGGGAGCGAGCGAGGGAGGGGCUCCACCGGGUGGUGUCGAGGCGGCUACGGGCGAGAGGCGGAGACGGAGGACAUCGAGGCCUAUCUCUCGGGCGACAGGGAGGGCGACUUCUGGCAGACUGCUACGCAACUCCAGUCUGGACGGAGGCCCGCAAGGCCUCCUGUCGCCUGACCUUCGCCUGGGAAAUGUUCGAGCAGGGCGCCCGCAUCACCUGCGGCGAGGCCUUGGUGUCAGCGCGGAACCGCAACAAGUUGGUGAAGACCCUCCGGGCCAUCCUCAACCAGGGCCGGGACCGUUCUCUCCAGGACAAGCCGAACCAGGGCAAGGCGAUGGCGUGCGUAGCGGCGGACCCCGCCAACUCACACUUCAUGAGGUGCGGCCGCUACACCCGCUUCAAGGAGUGGCGCUUCAUCCACCGGGCCCGGCUGAAUCUCCUCCUCCCCCUCAACGGCACACGCACCUGGGUACCCGCAGCAGACAAACGGGGCCGACGUUGCGGCGCCACAACGCCAUCGUCGCGCCUCAAGAAGGCGGCCCUGGGACGGUUCACGGUCAUCGGAGAGAACCAGCAGGUCGGGGUCCCCGGCCUGCGGCCCGACCUGGUCCCGGCCCGGGUAGAGGAGGCCCCGAUCCUGGACGUCUGCUGUCCCUUCGACAACCGUAUGCAGGCGUUCCAGGAGGCCCGGAGGGUCAAGGAGGAGAAGUAUGUCCCUUUACAGCUGCAUCUCCUGCGGCAGUUCGAGCGCGUCUCCGUCGAAGCCAUCGUCGUCGGCUGCCUCGGCUCGUGGGAUCCGGGCAACGACCGUGUCUGCCGCAGCUUUCUCGUGGCAUCGACGUUGCACAAGCUUCGCUCGCUGACGCUCCCGCCAUGCGGCGCGACGCUCGCAAACUCCCUGGAGCACUUGGUGCGUGGGUGUGAGCUGCUCCAAAUCUUUCGAAGUCAGGUCCACCCCAACCGAAGACAGGGCAGCGCCAUGCGAGGCUUGCCUGGCAUCCCUGUUCACAGCGAGCUGCUUCGAGAUUCUCCAAAGGGAAACCAGAUUGAGAAGACUGCGUAUCGACGAGUCCGCCUGGAUCCAGAACCUCUGGUUCCUGUGAGAUGCCGCGUGGAAGAACUGUGA